GUGGUUCCGGAUGGGAUUACCGAUUUGAACAAGUAUGACAUCCAGGAUGCAUAUGAAGUUGUCAAUAACUACUUGUCUAAGCCAAAAGAUCGACGCCCGGGCCCUUCUUCCCCAGAGGAGGACGCAAAAUGGCUAGCAAAGGAGACCGCGUUCAAGAAGUGCUGGGAUGCCAUUGGUGAACUUGUGGUCCAGGAUGCAUCCAUUGUAGCCUGCACGCACAAUCUAGCCGGCACACCUAUCGUCAGGAGAAAUCUUGACGUGCUGAUACCUCUCGUUUCUCUAGACAGGCCGGGGGAUGUUCUAGGAACAAUAAGAGGGGGUGACCGACAGCAACUCCCCCCCCUGGCAGUUACAGCGUCUGAGGUCCCCGGGUACAACGAAUUCGGAUACCAGAUGGGAAGAUCGCUAUUUGAUCGACUUCGUCGCUCCCAAUUCCCCUUCACACUAGUUUCUGAGCAACACCGCAUGCAGCCGCGUCUUUCAAAAUUUCCAUCCGCUUUCACCUACUAUGGGAAAAUGAUUGACAACCCGAGCACCAGAGUGCCAGAUGUCAAUUUCAAAUCGGGCAUGGAACUCAUCGGCGUCAAUGUGAUGGAUGGGGAGACUGUGGUUAAUGACAGAACUCGGUCUCGUUCAAAUCUUGCCAAUGUCACUAUCGUCAUGGAGCUCGUGGAGUUUCUUCUUCGUCGUGACGUGCUCAAAGGAAAGACUUCCACUAUAAUCACGACAUAUGCGGACCAAAAGAAACUAUACAUACGCCGCAUGAUGAAACUGUCCGAAAAGCUCAGUAUCGCUUGGGAGGAUAUGGUGAAAAUAGCAACAGUCGAUUCCAUGCAAGGACAUGAAGCGGACUUCAUCAUAUUGGAUUGGGUUGUGGACUCGGGGGAAAAGUCCGAACUGGGCUUUGCCUCAGACAAUCGCCGUGCAAACGUCGCUCUCACAAGGGCUCGAGCGUGUCUGAUCGUUGUAGCGAAUGGGGCCAUCCUCAAUAACGACAGGCUCAGUGAAAACAAGCCGCUGGACGUUCAUCCCGAAAUCCUUGUGCACUGGCAGAGUCUGGUCAAUCAGAGUCUCGUUGUGGACGUCCGCGCUGGCCUGAUGACUAGUGAUACCGACGACGCAUAUAACUUUCAAGAGACCCCCGCACCGACCGAUGAUGCUGGUUUUAUGGCAAGCACUACUGACGAUCAAGAGAACAUCUAUCCUGGCGAAGAAGAAGCUUGGAAUGCUCCUUGGGGCAAUGAUACUAGUGCCGAGACUUCGACUGGCUGGGAGAAUUGGUGA